CAGACUGCACACAGUGAAGCAGUACUACCUCGAAAGCGUCACUCUAACAGUGACUCACCUUAGACGUACCACACCACCUGUUGCUUACCGUUUCUAUUGAGAACAAAUCCACCAAAAAGAACCCACCAUUGAGGUAGUUUCAAAAAAGAUGUAGUCGAUUUUGAAAAAUGGCAAAAAGUGCAGCGAUUUUGGUGGUUUGCUUAUUCUUCAUCGGUGGAAGUUUCAGUGAGGAACGCCUUUUGGGGCCAACUUGUGGACAACAUCAAUGCGAGAUUUAUAAUUAUUGUGAUCGACAAACUUUUCAUUGCGAACAUUGCAGAAAAGUUUGUUCACCUGAUCACAAUUUUGAUCAACUUAAAUGUUUAUCGGAAUGCCAAGUGUAUUUUUUCGAUCAACGGUAUUAUGAGAAAGAAAACGAAUCCCCAGAUACAAUUUCUUUAAUUAAUGGUCUUAAAGUAAAAUUUAACGUAUCUAUAGCACUCAUAGUCAUUUUGAUACUAGGUUUUAUUGGAUUGUUAAUCAUGAUUUUGAAUCAACAGAAAAAAAUUAGUUUGAAAAACAUACGAGCUGUUUUUAAGAAGCAAGAUGGAAAUAAAUCAAACGGUGUUGGAAAUAAUGUUCAAGCUGAGCAUAACGAUAAAAAAUUGGAUUUAAAAAUUGAUAUUCCUGAUACAACCGUUAAAUCUGAUAGUCCAUCCACGAUGACAACGGGAAUAAGUAGGAUUCCUGCUGAGGAUAGUAUCGUUUACGCUUAUGAUAAUCCGGCAAUGUCUAAUAGCCCAAAGACUGUAAGUACGGUGAGUCCAUGAGAUCAAGACUAAUUUUUUACAUCAAGAUAACACCUACAUCACCGAAAAUGGAGAUUUUUAUAUUUUCAAAAAGUAGUUAUAAAAUUAUAUAAUUUUUUUAUUAUUGUCUUUAUUCCUUAUUUUUUCAUGUACAUAUUAUGAAUGAAAUAGCUUUAAUUUUAGAUUAUAAGAUAAUUCCAUACUGGAACAUUCCAAUUUGUUUAUUGUUGGCCUACGAGCAGCUAAACAUAUAUACAUAUUUACUUAAUAUUUAAUAUUAUUUUGUGCAAUGGUUAUAUUCAAAACUAAUAUACAAUGAGUUUUAAAACAAUAAAAUUUUAAAACACUUUGUAUAUUACAAUUUAUGUGUGAUAUUCUAUUGAUUAUAAAAUAUAACGACUUAAUGUUAUACAGGGUGAUUCGCGAGGAAAUAUUAUAAGGACAUAUCCAGUAAGUUCAAGUUCAUUUGAAAUUUGUUUCAGAGAUAUUUUGAACAAUAAUAAAGAUAAAAGUCUUCUAUUUUCUCCCGAAUCACUCUGUAUAGUACUUUAAUUUGGGCUACUUUUAUUAUCUUCCUGUUAAACUAACCCAUUAAUUUGAGGUAAAUUUAAAAGGAAUUAUUGUAAAAGUGGCCCUUAUUUUUUAUCUAAUUUUUAGUAUAAGUCUUUUUUGUUUGUUUUUGUUUUUAUGUUUUAUUUUGUUUUUAUUUUUUUGAUUAUUUUCUUAGUCGAGAAGUUACUCCUCGACUAGAACGUCUAGAUAUCCGUCCCAUACAUAGUUUUUAAACGCCGAAUUCCUUACAAGAAUGAAUUUAUUUGAAAAAAUAAAUCUCAUUAAGGAUUCGGAUAAUUAUGUUAUAAUUAUUAUUUAAUACUUACUUUGGUAAUUUUACUUAAGAUUAAAAAUUGUCGAUUAAAACUGUGGCAAUUGUACUUAAAAUUGAUCUAAGUUCAGUUUUUAGUUAUAAUCUUUUUUAGUUAUGUUUUUCUUAUGAUUUUUUUGAGUUAAUUUUUUACAAGAGAUACUCAAUCGUAUCUCUUAUCAAUCCAACAAGCGGUCUAUUAAUAGUUUUUAAGAGUUACAGUUCGAAAAAUUCUCAAUUUCGAGAUGAACUUGGCAACUUAAUUUAAGUAUUUCGAAUUAGAUUACUAUUUUAUACAAAACAAAUUUUUAUUGUUAUUAAAAACUAUAUUAUCUAAUUUAAGCAAUAAUUUAAGAUAAUGCAUUUUAGUUAAAAACGUACUUAAUUGUUAAAAUAUAAGAGUCAUAUUGGUAUUAUUAAAUAAAAUGUUU